AUGGUCAUCCUAAAAUUCUCCGAAGUCAUCUCCUGCCUUGAGCGGACGGAUCCUACUCACCCACCUUCCUUCUACUACGCACUGGAGGUAGUCAAGCGUUAUGCCAGAGCGAAGAUAGCAAAGGGAAGGGGAAGACAAUUGAUGUGUAAACAUGGGAAACUGGAAACACUCGAAAGCAAAUUCUCAUCGUUGGGUCUCCAAGAUAUAUUCUAUUUGACUCGCUUACAUCUUAAAUUACCUCCUUCUUCUAUCACCUUAACAUCUCCUUCGACUACCGUCAGACAAACACUACUUAAAGCUGGAUACCCUCUACCGGCCUCGUCUGCGCAAGCUGGUCCAUCAUCACCUAAGAAUCGUUUAGAUGGAAGAGCAAGAGGCCGAAGGGGAAGUCGGAGCUUGACGAGUAGUCCUGUUCCAUCCGCCGCAUCUACCCCUGCAUUAAGACGGUCAUCAAGUUCUAAACCUGAUAUACCUUCGACGUCAUCUUCUAACAUCAAAGAUCACCCACAUGGACAUGCAGGGAGUGUACGAUCAAAAAUUACCGGUGCCGGUGCCAGUGCAAAAGCAUCAUCAUCGCCGUCGAACUCGUCUAGCUGUAGUAGUCAUUCACCUACUAUGUCAACUAGAUGGGCACCGAUCUUGACGGGAUUAGGUCUUAAAACCAUACUUGACUCUUCCUCUUCCUCUUCGAGAAGUGCUCAUCAAGCACAGACACCUUCAAUCGCUCAACAGGCUGAAAUGGCAUUUAACAAUUUCGAUCCUUUCCAUUCACCUGCUAGUUUGACUUCGAAAGAGCAUGAAAGGGGGAAUAUGAAUCCACAAUCACCUUCUUCACUGGAGUUUCUAGAUCUUAUACCUUUAGACUUGAACGAUAACCAUCAAGAUGGGAGGGAGAUCGAACAGACGAGGAUGAUGUUGAACGAAUCAAAAUAUAAUGGAGCGUACUCACUCUCACUUUCCCCGCUGCCGCAGAAGGUAGUAAGGGAGGUCGAAUAUGUGGAGAGUACCUUGGAUUUGAAGGUUGGGAAUAUUCGGUUGAAGAUGUAG